GCUCUCUUAUACUCCGACUUCGGGGCAUAGGAAUGCAAGCGGACGCCAAACUGGGGAUGAGUGAAGCCCUAGGAGGGAAUGACAUCAUGGGGUCGGGGAGGAAGGGAGGUUCGCGGUGCACGACAUCAUCCCAAAACGGCUCGCGACGUUGGCCGCGGCAGGUCUCGGCGCACUCCACAGGCUUCCAACUGCUCCUAUAUAACCUCUCGCGCCUCAUUCGCCCUCACAAACCCCUCUCGAACCCCGCCUCGUCCACCACACACUCUGCAGGCGAGCACAAUCUGGCAUCGACUGUGCAGUUCAAUCCGGCAUCAACGUGGCUGUUUGAUUCCGUUGCGGGGCCCCUAGGCUUGGUAGAAAACGAAUCUAUGGAUGACGGUAGCGAUGAAGGGCCCGAAGUACCAUCCGAGCCACAGAGGCAAUCUUGAAACAUGUUGAGCAUCGAACCCACCACCCUAGUACCAGGGAAAGUGUAGGUGCCUAUCUUGAGGACGCGCUUUACGAGACUGCACUGGAUUGGGCAUCCGUAUCGGUUUUUUUGUCACGCGGCAGCGCCCGAGCAGCGCCGUCUCUUCGCUGAAAUCAACUUCUCUUUGAC